AGGGAAAUGUGCUGGCCUCAAUUUAUUAUCUAUGUGCGAACCGAACUGCUCCUAAGAUCGUGACAUCUUCAACUUUCACCUCCAGAUCAGCCGACUCACCACCCACCAUGAGCUACGGCAAGAAAGAUGAAGAUGCCGAUCUCGGCUUGGUCAAGGUAGACCGUACUCAAGUCUUCCAAGAAGCCCGGCUAUUCAACAAUUCUCCUAUCCAGCCGCGAAGAUGCCGCAUCCUCCUGACCAAGAUCGCCCUCCUCCUAUAUACCGGCGAGAAGUUCCCGACGAACGAAGCCACCACCCUUUUCUUCGGCAUCUCGAAGCUAUUCCAGAACAAAGAUGCCAGCUUGCGACAGAUGGUUCACUUAGUGAUCAAGGAGAUCGCCCACUCGGCCGAGGAUAUUAUCAUGGUCACAAGCACUAUAAUGAAGGAUACCGGCGGCAGCACAGACGCGAUUUACCGGCCGAAUGCCAUACGGGCCCUCUGUCGCAUUAUCGAUGCGACGACCGUACAAUCUAUCGAGCGUGUGAUGAAAACGGCCAUUGUCGAUAAGAAUCCCUCAGUAUCUUCUGCCGCACUCGUGUCCUCCUACCACCUCCUCCCUAUCGCUAAAGAUGUCGUUCGGCGAUGGCAGUCCGAAACCCAGGAGGCUGCCGCCUCGACGAAGUCGUCCGGCGGCUUCUCCCUCGGCUUCUCGUCGUCUUCCGCCUCGCUCCCCGUCAACAACUCCACCAUGACCCAAUACCACGCCAUCGGCCUCCUGUACCAGAUGCGGUCCCACGACAGGAUGGCUCUCGUCAAGAUGGUACAGCAGUUCGGCGCUGCUGGCGCAGUCAAGAGCCCGGCCGCGAUAGUGAUGCUGGUCAGACUGGCUGCGCAGUUGGCCGAGGAGGACCAAUCCCUUAGGAAACCCAUGAUGCAGCUUCUAGACGGGUGGUUGAGGCACAAGAGCGAGAUGGUCAACUUCGAGGCUGCCAAGGCGAUAUGUGACAUGCGGGAUGUCACGGAUGCCGAGGUCACUCAGGCUGUCCAUGUGCUGCAGCUAUUCCUCACUUCGCCAAGGGCCGUCACCAAAUUUGCCGCCCUUCGAAUCUUACAUAACUUCGCGUCCUUCAAGCCGCAAGCUGUUAACGUGUGCAACCCCGAUAUCGAGGCGCUCAUCUCGAACAGCAACCGAUCCAUCGCGACCUUCGCCAUCACCACCCUCCUCAAGACGGGCAACGAGGCUAGCGUGGACCGCCUGAUGAAGCAAAUCUCCGGAUUCAUGUCCGAGAUCACGGACGAGUUCAAGAUCACCAUCGUCGAGGCCAUCCGAACCUUGUGUCUCAAGUUCCCGAGCAAGCAAGCCGGCAUGCUUGCUUUCCUCAGUGGUAUCCUACGCGAUGAAGGUGGCUACGAGUUUAAGAGGGCCGUCGUGGAGAGCAUGUUUGACCUCAUCAAGUUCGUACCGGAUUCCAAGGAAGAUGCUCUCGCUCACCUCUGCGAGUUCAUCGAGGAUUGCGAGUUUACUAAGUUGGCUGUUCGUAUCCUGCAUCUGCUGGGUCUCGAAGGCCCCAAGACUUCCCAGCCUACCAAGUAUAUCCGGUAUAUCUACAACCGUGUCGUCUUGGAGAACGCGAUUGUCAGGGCGGCGGCGGUCACCGCCCUGGCGAAGUUCGGUGUUGGCCAGAAGGACCCAGAAGUCAAGCGCAGUGUCGAUGUUCUAUUAACUCGGUGCUUAGACGAUGUAGACGAUGAAGUACGUGACCGCGCCGCACUUAACCUCAGGUUGAUGCACGAAGAAGAUGACCUCGGCGAACGUUUCAUUAAGAAUGAAAACAUGUUCUCUCUGCCAUAUUUUGAGCACCAGCUUGUCAUGUACGUAACUUCGGACGACAAGUCGGCUUUCGAAACUCCUUUCGACAUCAGCAAGAUCCCAGUGGUCACCCGUGAACAGGCGGACGCCGAAGACCGGACGAAGAAACUCACGGCCACCACGCCAUCUCUGAAGCCACCGAAGGCAGGACCCACAAAGGCGGCGCCAACCGGCGCAGAGGCACAGGCCACAGCGGCAGCUGCUGCGCAGAAGUAUGCCCAGGAACUGAUGUCCAUCCCGGAGAUGAAGGAGUUUGGCGGCGUGCUCAAGUCGUCCCCGGUUGUGGAGCUGACCGAAGCCGAGACGGAGUAUGUGGUAUCGGUCGUGAAGCAUAUCUUCAAAGAGCACAUCGUGCUCCAGUACGAAGUCAAGAAUACUCUCCCCGCCACGGUGCUCGAGAACGUGUCCGUCGUCGCGACGCCCUCGGACGACGAGGAGCUCGAAGAAGUUUUUAUCAUCCAGGCCGAGACCCUCCCCACCGACGAGCCCGGAAAGAUCUACGUAGCGUUCAAGAAAAUCAACGGCGAGGGAUCGCUGCCCACAACGUCCUUCUCGAAUAUACUCAAGUUUACGAGCAAGGAGAUCGACCCGAUGACCGACCGACCGGAAGAGAACGGAUACGACGACGAGUAUGAGGUGGCGGACUUCGACCUAGCGGGCAGCGACUACGUGAUCCCGACUUUCGCGGGCAACUUCAACCACGUAUGGGAGCAGGUGGGCGCUUCAGGCGAAGAGGCCGAGGAGACGAUGCAGCUUUCUGGCUUAAGUAGUAUUGCAGAUGCUACGGAGCAACUUACCAAGACAUUAUCGCUGCAGCCGCUAGAAGGCACCGACGUGCCGGUCAACCAGACGACACACCAGCUCAAGCUCUUGGGCAAGACAGUCAACGGUGGACGGGUGGUGGCCACCGUCAGGAUGGCGUACUCGUCGAAGUCGGGGGUUACCACCAAGAUCACGGUGCGGAGCGAGGAGGAGGGCGUGGCGGCGAUCGUGGUAGCGUCUGUGGCAUAAUGAUAAUGGGGUUCGGAAGGCGUUUUCUGCCCCCCCAAAAAAACCACGACCAGCAAAUGCUGGUCCUCAUCCCUUAGGUUUUCGAAGGCAGGGUGUAGGUGGGUGUGCUAUGCAUACUGUUAGAGAUUGGGGGGUUUGACCUGAUGAUCAAUCAAGUACCCUAGAAGGCGGGUGGUAGAAGAUUAGGUAAGGCUCCGAAAUAUCUCAUUCCCCCGCCUCCCGCCUCCCGCCUCCCCUUCUCGUCCCUCCGUUGUCGAUAGACGAGCAAAGAAUGAACUGAGGGUGGGGAGAGGGUCGGUAGAGUGCCGGAGCAGCCAACAAAGGCGAGCCGAGUCCGGUAGGAAAUAAGACCAGCAUAUAUACCUACAGCGCCAGUAUUACCUCCUACCGGGUGUGUGGGCCUUUCCGGGGUUCCUCGCUCUCCCAUCCCAACCUGCGUCGCCGCGGAUCCUUAGCUCUCUGCUCGUCAGAACUGUGUGCGUAUAUAUGCACAUAUGUAGAAUGUAUAUACACAUGCAUAUGCGUGUAUGGGUAUAUGUGUGGAUCUCUGGAUAAACAUGGAUCCGAGCCGUGAGCGCACGACACCUAAAUAUCAAUUGCGUUAUCCUAAGCUUCUAGUUAGCUCGCCU